AUCAAUUCCAAAAUAUAAAAAUAAAAAAUCAAGACCAAUUUGUCCUGUUUUUCCGGCGCAAAACAUCUCUGCGAUCGCCCCCGAUUUCUCGAUCCCGGCUAGCGUAAACGAAUUCUCCCCCCGAUUUCCGAUGACGGCGACUGCGCGAGAUAAGCUGGUAUCGUUCAUCAACAACCGAUGGCUUGUCUUCAUUGCGGCCAUGUGGAUUCAAUCAUGCGCCGGCAUCGGAUACUUGUUCGGAAGCAUCUCUCCCGUUAUCAAGAGCUCCUUGAACUACAACCAGAGAGAGCUCGCCAGGCUCGGCGUCGCCAAGGAUCUCGGCGACAGCGUCGGCUUCCUCGCCGGCACUCUCUCCGAGGUUUUGCCUCUCUGGGCCGCUCUUCUCGUCGGCGCUUUCCAGAACCUUUUCGGCUACGGCUGGGUUUGGCUCAUCGUCACCGGCCGAGCUCCUGUUCUUCCCUUAUGGGCUAUGUGUGUCCUCAUAUUCAUAGGGAACAAUGGGGAGACAUACUUUAACACGGCCGCAUUAGUUUCAUGCGUCCAGAACUUCCCCAAGAGCCGUGGUCCAGUGGUUGGGAUCCUCAAGGGCUUUGCCGGGCUGGGAGGUGCAAUCCUAUCGCAGAUAUAUACAAUGAUCCACUCCCCUGACCAUGCUUCCCUCAUCUUCAUGGUCGCGGUCGGUCCAGCAGUGGUCGUUGUGGCCCUGAUGUUCUUCAUCCGACCCGUUGGGGGUCACAGGCAGAUCCGUCCCACAGAUGGGACGAGCUUUACAUUCAUUUACGGAGUCUGCAUACUGCUGGCUGCAUAUCUCAUGGCGGUGAUGCUUGUCGAAGAUCUGAUUGAUCUGAGCCAUAACAUCAUCAUUGUGUUCACUGUGGUGUUAUUUGCAAUCCUCCUCGUGCCCAUCCUGGUCCCCAUCAUGACCAGUUGCUUCAUAGAGUCAAAUGAUCCCUCUGCCACACUUGAAGAACCGCUUGUUCCAAAACGGGCAGACCAAGAACCGGGUCAGUCAGAACAAGUUUCUAUUUCGACGCCUGACCGUGACCAGGAGGUGAUACUGAGUGAAGUGGAAGAUGAGAAACCGAAAGAAGUGGAUUUGCUACCUGCGUCAGAGAGACAGAAGAGAAUUGCGCAGUUGCAAGCGAAGCUAAUGCAGGCGGCUGCGGAGGGUGCAGUUCGAAUCAAGAGAAGAAGAGGGCCUCACAGAGGCGAGGAUUUUACAUUAACAGAGGCGCUGGUGAAGGCCGAUUUCUGGCUGAUAUUCUUCUCUCUGCUGCUUGGUUCGGGUUCGGGAUUGACGGUGAUUGAUAACCUCGGACAGAUGAGUCAAUCUCUCGGGUACGAUAACACUCAUGUGUUUGUGUCAAUGAUUAGUGUGUGGAACUUUCUUGGACGCAUCGGCGGAGGUUACUUCUCUGAGCUCAUUGUCAGAGAGCAGGCCUACCCAAGGCCGGUGGCGAUGGCGGUGGCUCAGAUAGUAAUGGCGGUGGGACACGUGUUCUUCGCGUAUGGAUGGCCAGGAGCGAUGCACAUUGGGACGCUGCUGAUAGGACUCGGCUAUGGAGCUCAUUGGGCCAUAGUCCCAGCCACCGCUUCUGAGCUCUUUGGCCUCAAAAAGUUUGGAGCACUCUACAAUUUCCUGACGCUGGCCAAUCCGGCAGGCUCCCUCGUGUUUUCGGGUCUGAUAGCGAGCUCCAUUUAUGACAGAGAGGCUGAGAGGCAAUCCCAUGGCACCGUUUACGAUCCUGAUGAGCCUCUCAGAUGCCAAGGUUCCAUCUGUUACUUCUUGACUUCCCUCAUCAUGUCUGGAUUUUGCGUCAUCGCUUGCGCCUUGAGCUUGAUCCUCGUUCGUCGUACUAAGUCGGUUUACGCCCAUCUCUAUGGAAAAACCCGUCCUUGAUUUUCAUUCAUUCGUCUCUAAAAAAAAAGAAAUGAUUCUUGCACGAAGAAAAGCAUAAGUUGUAUUGCAUUGUGAACGUAUUCUGUGUUGGUCUUCCAUGUCCCCCGUACAGAUGCAUCGAUUCUGUAUCUUUUUGUUUUUUGUAUGUCACGUCUGUAUGAUUUGUUGUAAUGGAUUCUUUAUUCAGAUUCCUGAGGUUUUUUUUUU